UUUCGUAUGGUAAAUACAAAUUUUUCUAAUUCAUUAGAAUCAUAUCUAUGUUAUAUUUUAUCUAUGGAUUAUGAAUUAGUACGAUGAAUUUGAUGGAAGAAAGUUGAGAAUCAUAACCUAGUAAUGUAUUUUAAUUUGCAUUCGAAGAUAUUUGUCUGAUAAAUACAAAAUAUUCAUUGCAAAUAUUAAAAUAAAAUUUUUAUAUUUCAUAGUUGUAAUUUUUGAUAUAACAUUAAUUGCAAAUGUUGUACUGCAUAAAGAAUCGUAUAGUUUGUAAUUACAACGUGUUACAACAAGUAACGUGUGUAUUAGGUGCAAAUAUGUCGAUUCAAAUCGACACUGUUAGUCCUGAACCAAGUUUGAAUAAUUCAAAUAAAAAAAGAUUAAGAGUAGAUGAAGAUGAAAACAAUGCUGUAAAGAUUCAAAAAGUAGAUGUAGUAAAAAUUAAGAAAAGACCAUAUGCUUUGAUGAUGGGCUAUCUCGGUAGAGAUUAUUAUGGAAUGCAAAUAAAUCGUGGAAUGAAAACUAUUGAGGAUGAUUUAUUAAAUGCAUUGUUGAAAAAUAACUUGAUUACUACUGAAAAUAUUGAAAAUUUAAGGUCCUUUAAUUUUCAAAGAGCGGCACGGACAGACAAAGGAGUAUCGGCUGCUAGACAGGUCGUUUCUCUUAAGCUACCUGAAACUGUGUCUAAAGAUAGCAUAAAUGAUUGCUUACCAAAUGAAAUUAGAGUAUUUGGAAUCAAACGCGUUACAAAGGGUUUUAAUAGUAAAAUUAACUGCAGUGGUAGAACAUAUAGAUAUAUCAUUCCUACAUUUGCAUUUGCUGAAGAGGACAAGGCUUCAUUACCCUCUCGAGAAGAAUGUGAUGUAGAAAAACGAAUGGAAGAGUUGUCGGUUAUCGAAGGAAAACCAUAUACCGAUUUUCGAUUAAAUUCAGAAACUUUAGAAAAAAUAAAUCUAUUUAUGAAACUUUUUCAAGGAACUCAUAAUUUUCAUAAUUUUACAUCAAAAGUAAAGCCAUUAGAUCCUCGGGCAAAACGUUAUAUAAUUAAAUUUCAAUGCGUAGAAACAUUUAUCUCAGAAAAUAUAGAAUUUGCAAUAAUAGAAAUUAAAGGCCAAAGUUUCAUGUUACAUCAAAUUAGAAAAAUGGUUUCUAUGGUUAUUGCAUUUUUAAGAAAUAUGGCGACAGAAGAUUCUUUAAAACAGGCAUUUAAAGAUGAAAAAAUGGAUAUACCAUUAGCUCCCAGUUUAGGUUUAUCUUUAAAUUAUGUACAUUAUGAUUAUUAUAACGCCAGGUAUGGGUCAGAUGGCAUACAUGAACCUUUAGAUUGGAAAGAAUGCGAGGAAGAAGUAGAAAAAUUUCAAUCGGAAUACAUAAUAAAACAUAUUGUAAAUACAGAAGUAGCAGAGAAAACAAUGUUGAACUGGCUUGCCAGUCUUCCCUUACAUUCAUUUUCAGUCAGAGAAGAAGAAUCAAUUGCGUUAUAAUAUCUAUAUUACUCUUUCAAUCAUAUAGAUAUAUUUUUUAUGUACUGAUAACUAAUUAUAAAUACUAAUUACAUUUAUAGUUAUGUAUAUAGAUGCUAA